UAGGAAGCCUCCAGCAGGCCCAGCCCUCCGUGUGCCAUGCCCUAUCCAGGUGGGACCAGCACGGCCACCAUCCUGUGUGCCCAGUCCAGCCCUCUGAGGGCAGCUGUGUGUCCCUGCUCCCACCUGACACCCAACCCUAACCCCACAGGCCACUCCCCGCCAGCUGUCAGCAGGGCCCUGCCCCGCCCGCAACCCCACAGGUGCCCAGAGGAUUGCUCCCUCCGAGGGCGUGCAGGCGGAAGCGGGGCCUGGUGGCCGGGCCUCCCCCUCCCCAGUUGCCGUGCCUAGAGAGCUUCGCACCCACGAGGCCGUGGGCCAUCGAUCAGUGGGCAGGUGUUGGGGGCUGGACCCCAGAUACCUUAGGGGCUCCCUUUAGCCCAGAGUUUGUGAGGUCGACUGUCCCUGUAGUACCUGCUAACAUGGGGACCAUACUGACCGUACUGCCCAGGGCCCCUCAUCUGACGGACCCACAGUGUGGCAGGUCCCGGCCUUCGGAGCCAAGGGCAUCGGUGACCUGCCCCUCUGCCAAGCUAGAAUAUUUCCUGCUCAGUAUCGUGUGUGGGAGGGGCCUGGAGGGAGGCUGUCACCAUGCAGUUCAUGGGUGUGCAGAGCUGCCCAGAGCAGCAGCAGCAGCCUCUGGACAUUGGAGGUGGGGAGCGCAAGAGUGUGCGCUUGCAUGGGGAAGCUGGACAUCCUGGGGACAGGAGGCUGCAGGCACUCAGGUGGUGCCCAUCUGGACCCAGGUACCUGGGGAGGGCUUGGCACCUCCAGCACGGCAGCGCAGAGGCCAGCAGGGCGGGGAGCCGCCCAUCUGCUCCUGCCCGGGCUGAACCGAGGCUUGAAUUCCGGGAGUUGUCUGCUGUGCGGGCCAGGGCUUGGGCCUUCUCCAGGCUUCAGCUCCAAGGCCUGCCAGGCCACCAGCUGCCCUUGGGCAGGUGUCCUGGAGAUGGGGGCUGGCAGGACCGGCCAGGUGCCCCCUGGACCCGGGUCCCCUCGUUAGACCCCAGGCCUGCCCUUGAGGCUGCAGAGAGCCCGUCACCUCGCGCCCAGCCACAGCCCCAACCUGGAGCCAGCGGGGCACACGCGUCCCCGGCCCACGGCGCGGCCCCUUUAAGUGCAGUCCUGCCAGUCGCCAUUGGGGGCAGCACUGAGCGGCCCGGCGGCCUCGCGCCGCUGCCUGGAAGCUUCUGCUGGUGCCGGGGACGCGGCGGCAGCGCGGGGGACGGCAGAGCUCGCCGGGCCUGCGCAGCCCACCGGGCAAGGUGGGGGAGCACCGCCCAGGAAAGGGGGUCUACCCAAGCCUGCCCAGUGGUCACUAGUGGGCGCAGAAGUUCGGGAACCACUGCAAUGACAUCCCUGUUCUGGCUGACCCGCCUCAUCCCAACAGAAAGUGGCACAGAAAGGAUGGUCUGGAUGAGGGGGCGGGACCUGAGUGGCCGGACAGCUGGCUUCCUCCUGCAGGUGCUUCUGACGCCAGCAUGGAGCAAGUCCCUGCGGCCUCGGCCAAGGCCCGUGGCCAGGGCUGCCCCGCCCACUGUGCCCCAGGGCGAAAGCCCCAAAAGGCCGAGUGAGCUGCAGCCUGGAGGCCUCUUUUAAGAUGACCCGCACGGACCCGCCGGACCUGCUGGUGUCGACCGUGUACCAGGACAUCAAGGUGGCGGCCCCGGGGCCCGUGUCGAGGCCCCCGCCAUGUGAGCGCCCAAUGGCCCGGCCUGCUGCGCCCGCGCCUUUCAACAAGCGCCACUGCCGCAGUUUCGAUUUCCUGGAGGCACUGGACCGGGAGGCCAUGGAGGCCCGUCCGGAGCCGCCGCCUCCGGAGCCCGCCGCGCCGCGCGCCCGAUCCCGCGACGGCGAGCCACGGCGCCGCGCCCGCUCCAAGAGCGCACCCCGCGCGGCCCCGGGCCUGGCGCCCGCACCCGCCUCGCCGCCUGUGCCGCCGCGCCGAGGCCGGGAGGCCCAGCGGGCGGCGCCGGCCGACGCAUCGCCCCGCCGGGAGCCCGCGUACCCCGCGCUGCGCGCGCUCGCCAACGAGCUGCACCCCAUCAAGCUGCAGCCUCAGCGGGGCGGCCCGGGCCGCAUGGCGCCCCUGUGCGCCGCCGCCAACCGCUGUGCGCCGGCCGAGCCACCCGCGGGGCCGGCCCCCCACGUCCGCUGCCGCCUGGACGUCAAGCCCGACGACGCGGUGCUGCAGCAUGCCGCCCGGAGCUCGAGGCCCUGCGGGCCCACCGAGACCGCGCCCUGGCCCCGCGCCGCCCCGCAGCUCCACGGCCUCACGGUGCCCGGGCCUCGCCACGUGGGGCUUUCGCUCACCCCCACCCCCAGUGACUCAUACUGCGCCGACCCCCGGGCGCUGUACUGCGAUGGGCCCCUUCUCGGGCCGCGAGACUACGCGGAGCGCCGGAGUCUGCCCUUCACCACCCCGCCGGGCCCCACCCAAUUCUUCUACACCGAGGAACCCGAGGGCCACCCCGGUGGCUUCAUGGCCAGCCCUGGACCGCCCUUCGACAGCUACUACCCCAGGCCCUUUCUGUCCGAAGAGCCACCCGGGCCCAGUCCAAGACACGGGGGCAUCUACUAUGCGGGGGAAGUUCGCACCUUCCCCGUCCAAGAACCACCCUCCCGUUCCUACUACGGGGAGGCCCCCCGAGCCUACGGCCCGCCCUGCGGCCCCCGCUACGCCCCCGAAGAGCCCCGGGCUCACCCCGCCGCCCGCCCCUUUUACACUGAGGACUUCGGGCGGUACCGCAAUCGAGACGCCCUGACGCGGACUUACCCGCACCCGCGCAGCAGCCCGGCCUGGGGCGACUGGGGCCCGAGGCCUUACCGCACCCUGCAGGUGGCGCCUCCUCCCCCGGACCCCGGCCCGUUGCUCGCCUCGUGGCACGGCGGCACCGGCACCAGCCCACCCCGGCUAGCGACCGACAGCCGCCACUACUCGCGCUCCUGGGACAACAUCCUGGCGCCCGCGCCGCGCCGCGAAGACCCACUGGGCCGCGGCCGCAGCUACGAGAACCUGCUGGGGCGCGAGGCACGGGAGCCGCGGGGCACAUCCCCCGAAGGCCGGCGUCCGCCCGUCAUAGUGAACCUGUCCACCUCGCCCAGACGCUACGCGGCGCUGUCGCUGUCCGAGACGUCGCUGUCGGAGAAGGGCCGUAUGGGCGAGGGCCUGGCCCGAAACUGGUACGUCACGCCGGAGAUCACCAUCACCGACAACGACCUGCGCGCGGCUGAGCGCCCGAGCGCCAGGAGCUGGGAGCUGCUGGGGAGUCGCCCGCGGCCGCCUCCGCCCGCCGUCCCCGAUGGCCCCGCCUCUGGCCGCCAGCGCAGCCUCGAACAGCUGGACGAGCUCAUCACCGAUCUGGUCAUCGACUCGCGGCCCCCAGCCGGCCAAGCGCCCGAGCCCGCGUCCGACGGCCUGGGCCGCCAGCUGCGGCGCCUGCUAGACUCGCGACCCUCGGGCGCCGGGGUCCCGACGCGGGCACCGCGCUCGCCACCCCUGUCUGCCGGCAGCGCUGAGGAGCCCGCGGGCCCGGGUCAGGCGGCCGACGCGUCCCCGGAGCCCAGCGCCGACGAGGAUGACCUGAUGACGUGCUCCAAUGCGCGCUGCGGGCGCACCGAGACCAUGUUCAACGCCUGCCUCUACUUCAAGUCCUGCCAUAGCUGCUACACCUACUACUGCUCGCGCCUCUGUCGCCGCGAGGAUUGGGACGCGCACAAGGUGCGCUGCGUGUACGGCCGCGUGGGCAGCGUGUGCCGCCACGUGUUGCAGUUCUGCCGCGACAGCGGCCCAGUGCACCGCGCCUUCUCGCGCAUCGCGCGCGUCGGCUUCUUGUCGCGCGGCCGCGGCGUUCUCUUCCUGGGCUUCCCGAGUCCCGGCUCCGCAGACAACUUCCUGCGCUUCGGCCUCGAGGGGCUGCUGCUGUCGCCCACCUACCUGUCGCUGCGCGAGCUGGCCAUGCACGCGGCGCCACUGGGCAGCUAUGCUCGGGAGCUGGCGGCCGCAGGCCGCCUCUACGAGCCGGCGGAGUGCUUCCUGCUCAGCGUGUCCGUGGCCGUGGGCCCCGGCGCUGUGCCACCCGGCGCCCCUGCCCGGCCAUCUCCCGCGCCGCGCAGCCCCGGACCCACGGUGCGCAAGUUCGCCAAAGUGGCGCUGGCGGCCGGCAGCCCAGCACGGCCGCCCCCGGCGCGGGGCCGCGAACCCGACAUGGAGACGUUGAUCCUGACGCCGCCGCCCGGCACUGCGGGCCUGGACCAGGACGGCGAGGCGGGCCGGCGAGCACGCGAGGUGGCCUUCAUCCACAUCCAGCGAGAGCUGCGGCUCCGCGGCGUCUUCCUACGCCACGAGUUCCCGCGCGUCUACGAGCAGCUCUGCGAGUUCGUCGAAGCCAACCGGCGCUUCACACCCACCACCAUCUACCCCACGGACCGGCGCACAGGCCGUCCCUUCAUGUGCAUGAUCAUGGCCGCCUCCGAGCCACGCGCGCUAGACUGGGUGGCCAGUGCCAACCUGUUGGAUGACAUUAUGUGAGCCGCGAGGGCGCGCCCGGGGCCCGCCCAGUCCACCCAGGGCCCACCCUGAACCCCAUCCAGUCCACCCGAGCCCUGCCCAGUCCACUUAGGCCCCGCCCAGCUCGCCAAAAGCUCCGCCCCAUUGCGUUCUCCACAGGCUCCGCCUUUCCCUCCGCCUUCCUGCGAACCCCCUUCCCCCCCAACCCCCAGACCAGUCCCGCCCGGCUCCCUCUCCCCCAGCUCGCCUUCGGGCCUCCCCAAGGGCCGGUCCUCGGCCGCUUGGUGCUCCCCGCUGGGAGGCGGGGUGGGUCUGAGGACCAGCCCGCCCUGCCUUUACGCGGAGGGGUCACUGCUGCAGAUCCCACCGCGCAUAAUCGGUUCGUCCGACCCCUGUCCGUCUGCAGGGCCUCCCUGGAACCUCUCCAACCCCGGCUCGCCCUGGUCCAGGAGCCCGAGUCGACCAAAGCCUAGUCCCGUCCCUUUAAACACACUCCCCACCCCGCCUCCUGUGGUCUGGGAUGCGUCCUGCUCAGAGGCCUUUCCCCUCUAGAGGACACCCUGAUUGGCCUCGGUGUGUCCGCAUCCCAAGCACGUCCUGGCCUGAUGGGCAGGGCCGGCGGGGACCUGCGCGUGGUGUCUCCGCUGGCCCCCAUCCCUGCUGUGCCGGACCAUGGCAAACUGACGGCGCUGCCCGCCCUGCUGCAGGGGUUGGGCAAGCAGCAGUGAAGGGGUACUCGGGGGUCCUCAGCCAAGGUGCAAGACACCCAGCCAGAGGGAAGGGCGUCCUGGGUGGGGGAAGCAGAGCGGACGUAUGGGUAGGGGCGCUGGCCAGACCUGAGACCUGGCUGGGCAUGAAUCGGGCUGCCUGCCCUCACCCGACAGGAUGGCCCUAGGCGUGUGCCAGGGCAGACCCGGGGUGCAAACGGCAGCGCAGGCCCUAACCACACAGGGAGGCAGGAAGCAUGUAUACAGGGAGGCAGGAAGCAGGUGCACAGGAUGGAUUUGCGGGAGGGGCCGAGGAGGCCGUCCAGCAGGGACCCUAUUCCUAGGCACAGGGAGGACCAAAGAAGAGGGGCGUUCCCAGUUUGGAGCAGGGCGGGGAAAGCGUGGAUGGGAGCAGGUUCGCCAGGGCGGUGGUCCACCGGAGGGGUGCGGGCGCGAUUAAACAAACGCCCCCGAACGCUCGCUCUAGCCGUGCCCUGUGGUGCGGCCAGGGGGCCCGGCUCCGGCCCUCGGGAGCGCACGCUCGAGUGUCCGUCCUUCCCCGCCCUACGCCGGGGUGCCCGCUGGCCCUGGCCCGGGCUCCAAGGAUGGCGAGUAACCUGGAGAGGGGGCAAGGCCGGGAGGCCGGAAGGGCCCUCCUGUAGCCCCCAGUCCCCCAUUGGGGCCAGGUGGGGCAUCGACUGAAUUAAAUUGUGGACCUCCCCCCCCAAACCCCGCCUCUGUUCCCGGCCCUCGCCCCUGACCGUGCACCCGCGCCCAUCUCACUCCCCUAAAUGCCUGUGCGCCCACCUCGGCUCCGCGCAUUUGCACCGGCCACGCGCCCCGCUUGCCCCACCCGCCUUCGCGGCCUCCCAAACUGGCCGCCGCGCCCCCCGGCCUGGGUGCCUCCGCCUUCUGCCCCGCGCCUGAGGGCCGGCCCUCCAGGAAGGACCCUGGGCCGGGAUUAUUUCCAGAGGGCGAGCGCUUUCGAACCAAGGAAAAUAAAACUCGAAUG